AUGCAGAUCUUCGUCAAGACCCUCACGGGCAAAACUAUCACCCUCGAGGUUGAGUCUUCGGACACCAUCGACAAUGUCAAGGCCAAGAUCCAAGACAAGGAGGGAAUCCCACCCGACCAACAGCGAUUGAUCUUCGCCGGAAAGCAACUCGAGGAUGGCCGCACCCUUUCCGACUACAACAUCCAAAAGGAGUCCACUCUUCACUUGGUGUUACGUCUCCGUGGUGGUGGUAAGAAGCGCAAGAAGAAGGUCUACACUACCCCAAAGAAGAUCAAGCACAAGCGCAAGAAGACCAAGCUCGCUGUAUUGAAGUACUACAAGGUUGAUGGUGAUGGAAAGAUCGAGCGUCUCCGCAGAGAGUGCCCAACUCCAGACUGUGGUGCCGGUGUUUUCAUGGCUGCCAUGCACGACCGUCAAUACUGUGGACGUUGCCACCUCACCUACAUCUUCGAUGAUGCCAACAAAUAA